UAGGCUGGGUAAGAUCACGUCUCCCGUCUCUUUCUGUAGCUUUCAUUCCAGCACAGGAUCUCAGCAAUUUUGCCCUCUUCCCCCGUGCCCACUCCAGCGCGCAGAGUCCUUUCUUUUUUCUCAUUUACAACUUCUUUUAAAAAGAGAACAUUUUCUAGAGAAAAGGGAUUUGCUAAACAGAAAGGACAUAAAACAAAAGCCACAGCAACCCGACUUCCAGCAUGGCAUUGUCACCAACCCCCUUUGCAUGGUGAUGCGAUUAAGGUAGCAGCAUUUUUAUUAUUCAGGAAAAGCAGCUGGGGAAUCCAUCAGUUCUAAGGCUUUGUCUUUCCUUGGUUCACUGAUGGUCCUGAGCCCCGGUUUGACCUGACCAUGAUGCCUAGGACUGGCACUUCUUGUUUUUUCUCAGCAAACUGUACAAACCCAAAUCUCUUUUUGAUUUUCAAGGAAACUAGAUUCCUGCCAGAUUUCGAAUCUGGACGAUAAAUAGAUACUUUGUCCUAGCUUCUUUCUGGAAUAAUUUCGGGGAUAUUUUCCACAAUCAUCACAGAAACAGGAAUGAACCGGCAGCUAGUGAACAUUUUGACAGCCUUGUUUGCAUUUUUCUUAGAGACAAACCACUUCAGGUUCACACCUACUAUGAUUAAGAAAAACUGUAGGCUGGGUUUCAUCAUCACCAUCAUCAUCAUCAUCACCUUUAUUACCACCAACACCACCAUCAUAAUUAAAUAAUACUUGAUUAAUCAGGUGAAUCUGCAUAUGGGAAUGACGGCUUUAUGCAAAGACCAUGACUCCAGGUCUGGAAAACAACCUUCGCAGACCCUAUCACCUUCAGAUUUCUUGGACAAAUUAAUGGGAAGGACAUCAGGAUACGAUGCAAGAAUCAGGCCAAAUUUUAAAGGUCCUCCAGUAAACGUUACUUGCAAUAUUUUUAUCAACAGUUUUGGAUCAGUCACAGAAACCACCAUGGACUACCGAGUGAACAUUUUUCUGAGACAACAGUGGAAUGAUUCAAGGCUGGCAUAUAGCGAGUACCCUGAUGAUUCCCUGGACUUGGACCCAUCCAUGCUGGACUCCAUUUGGAAACCAGAUUUAUUCUUUGCCAAUGAGAAGGGUGCCAACUUCCAUGAUGUCACCACCGACAACAAAUUGCUUCGAAUUUCAAAAAAUGGCAAAGUACUCUACAGUAUCAGACUCACCUUGACCUUAUCCUGUCCCAUGGACUUGAAGAAUUUUCCAAUGGAUGUCCAGACUUGUACAAUGCAGCUGGAGAGUUUUGGGUACACGAUGAACGACCUGAUAUUUGAGUGGUUAAGCGAUGGUCCAGUUCAAGUUGCUGAAGGAUUGACCCUGCCUCAGUUUAUUUUGAAAGAAGAGAAGGAACUUGGCUACUGCACGAAACACUAUAACACUGGAAAGUUUACCUGCAUUGAGGUUAAGUUUCACCUGGAACGCCAGAUGGGAUACUAUUUGAUCCAGAUGUACAUCCCCAGUCUGUUGAUAGUCAUUUUGUCCUGGGUCUCCUUUUGGAUAAACAUGGAUGCAGCCCCUGCUAGGGUUGCACUGGGCAUCACCACCGUCUUAACAAUGACCACCCAGAGUUCAGGUUCCAGGGCAUCUCUGCCAAAGGUGUCCUACGUAAAAGCGAUUGACAUCUGGAUGGCGGUGUGCCUUCUGUUCGUGUUUGCUGCCUUACUGGAGUAUGCAGCAGUGAACUUUGUCUCCAGGCAACACAAGGAGUUCCUGCGGCUCCGGAGAAGACAGAAGAGACAGAAUAAGGAAGAAGAUGUUACUCGUGAAAGUCGUUUUAAUUUCAGUGGUUAUGGGAUGGGUCACUGCCUCCAAGUGAAAGAUGGAACAGCUGUCAAGGCCACACCUGCCAACCCGCUCCCACAACCCCCAAAAGAUGCAGAUGCCAUCAAGAAGAAGUUUGUGGACCGGGCAAAAAGGAUUGACACGAUAUCUCGAGCUGCCUUCCCAUUGGCCUUCCUCAUUUUCAACAUCUUUUACUGGAUCACAUACAAGAUCAUUCGGCAUGAAGAUGUCCACAAGAAAUAGAUAUGCCCUUCAGACCCUCGACUUUCUUGCCUAACUGUUGUGCUUGUAAAUACACAGUGAAAUUGUCUUUAUAUCACUUUGACAGAGGAGGAGACUGGGGGAGGGGGGCGGGAAGAUCAUGAGGGCAGGUUUCCUGGCACCUACAUGAAUAAAGAUAAGUUAUCUGGGCAAUGAAGGAAAAUGUUUGCACAAAAUUAAGGUGUUGCAGAAUCACAUGAGCAUAAUUCCCUUCAUAGUCUUUAGCAUUGUUCUUUCAGAUGAUGUAUUAAUUAGACAUGAUAUGCAAGGUCAAGUUCUUGAAAGCUAUUUGUCUUUGGUUUGGUUUGGUUUGGUUCGGUUUUGACUAAUUCUGGCACUGAAAAGUUAGCUUAAACCACACAAACACACAAACACACACACACACACACACACACACGGAAAAUGCUUACCAUCUGACCAUAGUGACUAGCCUGUAGUGAGUCAAGGACCAAACUUUUUCAGGAAAAUGCUGCCUCGUUUUUAAAACAAGUACUCUGAGCUACGUUCUUUACAAUGUCUGUAAUUAGUGUUUCACCCAAGAAAUCCUUUUGUGGGUCAUAAAUUAUUUCUACUUAUUGAAAAAACAACAAUAGAAAAUAAACACCAACUACAAAGAACAGAUUUCUACUUAACUGUCCGUGUAGGUGUGCAAUUUAAUAUUAUUUUUCUUCCUAAAUGUAACUUGGGGGUUUAAAUUGUUUGUCGUGUAAUUGAUUUGAUAGUAUACCCUCUUAAAAAUAAAUGCCCAUUUUAUGUUAGAUCCCGAUCAGCACAUUGUAUUUUUUUUGCUUUGGCUAUAUCUAUGUGUGACUUUAACUGCUCAAGUGUGACUUAGCCAUUGCAACCUGUCAGCCACAGUAUUUAUGGAGAUGGUGUGUCUUGAAUGGUAUAGCUCAUAUUAGCUUGAACUUUCCAUUUCUGCUCUCAUUGUAGAUGUAACUACUAGUCCCAAUGUCAAAUGACCCGUGAUUUCUACUGUCAAUCAAGUGAAUAUCGUUUUAAAUAUCCUUAACUAACUUAAAGAAUUUUAAAAUUGUACUGUGAUUUUCAUAACCCGUUGCCUUUUUGGUACCAGAGCUACGUGGUUUGAAUCCUGGCUACAUGUUUUAAGUAAGAAAAAAAAAAAAAAAGACGUAUUUUUGCUUACUCAGAUAAAAGACAACCUGUAAAAAUAUAAUGAAAAAAUUAAAUUUUACAUGUGCUGUAAAAGGGAUUAUUAAAAAUAUUUGUUCAAUUUCAAUAAAGCUAAGUGUG